AAAACUCACACUUGUGCAAAUAGUGCGAAUAAAUCUUCUAGAGAUCUUACGCAUGUUUUAACGAGGAUCUAGAGGAUGUAAUUACUUCACUUUCCAUACUUUUAUUACAACAUUUGACGGUCUAAAAUGUUAAAGUCGGCCUUACGAAACAGAAUGUCUAAAGGCACAGAUAAAUCAUCUGAACAUCAACAAAAUAACCAGUACUCUGAUACUAGUAGUGAAGACGAGUAUUAUGACUUGAAAAUGGAGUAUUUACAAGACAGUGACUUGUUAGAUGAAGCAGAAGUUCACACAUCAGAAAAGGCAGAUAAAAGCUCGUCUGGCAAAGGAAAAGAAACAGUAAAGCUUUCCGAAGAUUCAAAUGGCAAUUCCCUAUCAGAGUCAGAGAUGAAUUCAGCAUCAAACGAAAAAGAUUCGAUGAGGAAAAAGGCUCCUGAUCAAAGUGCUCAAGAAGAAAAAGGCUUUCCUAAUUCAGAAAGAGAGAUCUACGAAAUGCAGCUUGUACAACUUCAGGAACAACUUGUUGCUACUAUUAUAUCAGAACAAGAGAAAGAUGAACAGCUGAUGAAGUACCAACAACUUGACAUUGAAAAGCUACAAAAGAGCUUGAAAGAGGAACAAGAAAAGAAUGCUGAUCUCACAGACAAGCUAAAGAUCCUGAAAAACAAGGUCCAAAAUUCAAAAUUGGGAAGAGUAAAUGCAAGCAAGUCGGAUCCAAGAAAGAAAUCUAACCGAAAUUCUAAAAAUCUUGAAAAUGAGUUAAACCAAGAUGAAGAAUGGACGGACAUCAGUUCAGAGAGGAAUGCAGAGGAUGUUGGCCAAGAAAAAGAAAAAUCUGAUGACCAAGAUGUGCCAAGGUCUGCUAGUGAGAGUAGCUCAAAUCCUGAAGGGGAAGAUGAAGAUGCAUCAAGUGCAUUUGAUUUAUCACGUUCUAAAUCUGUAAAAGAUAAGCCAGAUGGAUUUACCAAACCAACCUCAAGAUUUUUUGCUGUAAAGAACUACAAAAACAAGGCAGUUGAAAUGAUUGUUGAAAGGCUGUGGGAUUUUGUUAAUGAGGAAACAGAAACAACUGAAGAUGAUAAAGAAGAAGAUGCUCUUUCGGUUAAAAAUUUGAAAGAAAGCAUCAACAGAUUCUCAAAGGCAAUCAAGCCUAUCAGCAAUUUUAUUAAAGGUGUACAUAAGCUCAUGUCCUGGAACAAUUUUGCAUCUACCUGUCUGGCAUUUAUAGUUUACAUGUAUGCAGCAUUUUUUGGCUACCUGUUUUCUCUCGUUCUUCUGAUAGCUAUUUGGAAACUUUUCAUGAAUUACCUCUCAGCCAGAGGAAUAACUGCUCAGAUUGGACUAGAAGCAAAAGAAAAAAAAGAGGAGACAAAUGAUGACAAAAGUUUGUCAGACAAGUUUCAACUUGUUUUGGAGGUCGCGAAGAAAGUUCAGAAUACGUUAGGAAAGAUAGCCGAUUCCCUUGAAAAAAUAGAUAAUCUAUUACUGUGGCAACACCCAGCAACCAACACGCUCUUUUUUAACAUCUGCUUGUUGUUUAUUGCGUCACUCUGGCUGAGCGGACCAACUAUGUUCAUGUUCAUGGCUCUUGGAUUUGGAAUAAAAAUUUUCAUCUUAGGACCAUUGUAUGAUAAGUUCCCCAAGGUUAAAAAGCGUUACGAUACUCUUGCUCGUGUUUGGAGUGAACUCCCAAGUGAUGCUGACUUAGUGACACGGGAAGUAAAUACCGCUGAUCAGAACACCACAGACGCGUCUGGCUCGAAUGGUGUGGAUCAUAAUGCUUCAGGACGAUCUUCACAGAGCUGGAUUAAUUUCUGUGAGAAAAUGAAGAUUCCUUCAUCAGAAAAUCCGCUCCCAUCCUGGGAACAAGGUCACCGCUGCACAUUGAUAAACAAAGACCAUCCGCUGACCAACAUGAAACAUGGCAGGCUCUACUUAACACAGAAUCUUUUGUGCUUUGAGAGAAACAAGUCCUCUAAAAACAUCGUAAUAAAACUGGAAAACAUCUUAAGAGCUUCCAAGCCGUACAUUUUUGCAGCGUUACUUGGGCGAGACGACGUUUUUGAAAGUUUAAUGCUGACUGGCAAAGCAGCAAGCUAUCGAUGGGCAUGUUAGAGGUAGAUUAGAUACAUGGUCUGGAAAUGUUUUCGCGGAAGCCGCAAAACGAAUAAAAUAUAGCGCGGGAUCAGGGAAUUUAGAAAGAAAUCUUACGUGAUACGGAAUAAUAGCAUCAGCCGUGAAUCGGGAAUUCCCAACUUCAAUGUUCGGGAAGUGGGAUUUUGCUUUCUGAGUUUCGGGAAAAACAUGAAAACAUUAAUAAAUAAAAUAAAAAUUCAAACGCCUUUGAAUAAGUUGAAUGUGGAUUGCAAAAUGUCGCGCGACGAGGCAUUUAGCAAAAAAAUAGCCCUUAAUCGAUAUCCGGACCCUAAAAAUGGUAACAAGUAUCAAUAUAUCAUUGCGUGACUUUCGUGACCACUAAAUCACGUAACUCUAGUCUAAGUCACGUCUCUAGUCUAGUUUGUUUAGGUUUGUAAUCAGGCAAAUUAUUUUAUAUAAUGAAACCUUAAAUAAAAAUUACCUUCGUAUUUUCAUA